CAUUUAUGCAACUUAUUUUUAGGAGCUUUUUAAUGGAGUUAAUUCGAGAAUCAGUGUGAGUCCGCUAGAGGGACCGGGGGGUGUUAUUAUGCCGUCGCCCCCCUCCUCUCCCCCCGGGGGGCCUCCACCUCGCCUUGAACCCCCUCUCAAGCCAGUGAACGGUAUCGUCCAACCGCCGUUUAUACCUCCUCCUGAGCGGCCGGGUCGGAUGACAAAUAAACUGCUGAUCAUUAAAAACAGUAUAUUUAAGAGCAUCUGGAAACAUUUACACGCCUGGCCUUUCCAUAAACCUGUAGAUACAAUAUCACUCAAUAUUCCAGAUUACUUCAAUAUCAUCAGAAGGCCCAUGGAUUUAGGGACUGUGAAAAAACGACUAGAUAAUAACUACUAUUGGAAUGCCAGCGAGGCUAUAGCGGAUUUUGAACAAAUGUUUCAGAACUGUCUGAUAUACAAUAAACCAGGCGAAGACGUUGUUACCAUGGCGAAUGUUGUGCAAAGAGAAUUCCAGAGAUUGGUUAAACAAAAACUUCAAGGUGAGGAAUACACAGUUACGGCUGACGGACAAUCUAAGAAUAAAAAAAUUUCUCGGAAUGAUACCUCUGGGAGUGUGAGACCAAGUCCAAGUAUAUCUCCUUCAAACUCAAUGUCGUCAUUAUCCUCUAAGGAGGGUAAAGGUAUUAAACGAAAAGCUGAAGGUGGAUCUCCUCCCCCUGCUAAGCAACCCAAUCUCUCCUCCUCCUCCAGUGGUACACCAGCUGGGCUUGGGAAGACUCCGCCUCCAAAAGCCCCGAGAAGACCGGUGAAGGAACUAACCCAACACAAAGAUAACAAAAGUGCAGAAAAAUCUGUGAAAUCUGCAGAGAAAGUUAGGAAAAUCUCUGAAAAAGGCUGGAUAACAGCAGCUAAAGACCCCAAAACAAUAGAUAAAGUUCCCAGAAUAGCAGAGAAAGAGAUGAAAUCUAUUGAAAAAGAUGGGAUGGAAAAUGAUCAGUAUGACGUUGAAGGACAAUUUCAGGACCUGGUUGAGCACAAGGGACAAAAGAGCAAGGUCUCGGAACCCCUGCGACAGUGCAACGAAAUACUUAAGGAUAUGUUUAAUAAAAAACAUGCUUCCUACGCCUGGCCUUUCUAUAAACCAGUUGAUACGGAGAGACUAGGCCUUCACGACUAUCAUAAAAUAAUCAAGACACCCAUGGAUUUGGGAACAGUUAAGCGGAAGUUAGACAACAGGGAGUACAUUACUGUAGGAGAGUUCAAAUCUGACGUGUUGUUAAUAUUCCUGAAUUGUCGGCAGUACAAUCCCCCCGAGCACGACGUGGUCGGUAUGUCCAGGAAGUUGGAGGAAGUGUUUCUUGAGAAGAUGAAUCAGUUAAAUUCGGAUGAAUUAAUAAAUGUGCCAUCUACUCAAGUUGUUUCAUCAAGGCUACAGGGUGUAGGUGUGAGUGGAGAUACUGGCUCAGAAUCUGAGGGAGCAGGCUCAAGUACUGAUUACAACAGGAGGCUUAGAAUAGUUCAGGAACAAAUGCGUCAGCUGAAAGAGCAAAUUGAUGUUUUACUGAAAGAAAGUGCAGAUCGGAAACGUCUGCGCCAACCAGACAACGCUCAUCUCACUGCCAGCCUAAGCAGUGUAAAGAAGAAGGAACGAACCACCCCAUCUCCCGCCCCUCGUCCUAUAACACCUGCUGUAGCAGGUAUGGAUACGCCUAAAGGUCGAGGGAGAGGCCGUGGAACACCUUCUGGACCCCUAUCUUCAAAGAGACCAAAGAAGGUUCCAGUUGGACGAGGAAGACCACCACCUGUUCCUGCUCCUGUAUCCACCGGACCAAUCGCUGAAGGUGGAAGUGCUGACUACCAAUCAGACGAAGAGGAUACAGCGGUACCCAUGAGCUAUGAUGAAAAGAGACAGCUUAGCCUGGAUAUUAAUAAACUACCAGGGGAGAAGAUUGGACGGGUAGUCCAUAUUAUCCAGUCUCGUGAACCAUCCCUUCGUGAGACAAAUCCUGAUGAAAUAGAGAUAGAUUUUGAAACGUUGAAGCCCUCCACUCUCAGAGAACUAGAAAAGUAUGUACACGGAUGCUUAAAAAAAUCGGGGAAAAUUGGCCGUAAAACGUUUGAGGAAGGCCAGAAAAAACCGUCUAAAGAACAGUUGGACGAGAAGGAGUCAGAAAUCAAGAAGCGUCUAGACGAAGUGAAUACAUCCCUAGGGGGUGCUCCAAUAAAACCUAAUAGGCCGCGGAAGAACAAGGAAGGAUCAGGUUCAGGUUCAAACCCUGCUAAGCAGAAUAAAAAGGCCAAUGCGUCCGGUGGGAAAGGAUCCGGUAGUGACAGCAAUAGUUCUAGUAGUGACAGUAGUGAUUCUAGCGACUCAAGUGACUCAAGUGAUGAUGAGGGAGCUGCCCCUGCACCCCCUCAAACCCCUCUUGUAAACCCACCUUUGGUUCCACCUAUUGCAACCUCAACCCCCAACAACCCGCAACCCGAAUCUGUCUCAAGGCAGAACUCUCAAGCUAAUAACGCUCUGAAAAUAGCUGUAAGGAAUGAUUUAAUGCCCUCUGGCAAUUCUAUUGCCCCCUUAAGUCCUACCCCUGAGCCUCCAGCACCGAUUGCUCCCCUAGUUCCUGAACCCCUCGCAGCACUACUAGAAGAGCCUCCUCAGCUACCGGUCCUGGAAAAACCACUCAAUAAUGGAACUCACCAUGAUUUGUACAAAGGUCCAAUUGGUGUAAUAAACCCCAUAGAUCAUGGUAACCAAGGUGGCAAUGGUGGUGUUCCUAUGGUUGAACCUUUGUUUAAUCCUCAAUCUGGAUCCCCUCCUCAAUCCUUCAACCCAGAAACUCCACAGGGAACGAAGGGUGUUCUGAAGGGUUGGUCUAGCCUAGCUGGUACUCCAGCUACUCCUGGUAGUGCUGGAGGCCCCCCGGGUAGGAAUAGAAGCGCCACAACUGAUACAUUUGCCGCCUUCCAGAAGGCCGCCAAGGAGAAGGCAGACAGGGAGCGUAGCUUAAAAGAGCAGCAGGAGUUGAGCAGGAAGGUUAAAGAAAGAAGAGAAACAGAACGACAGAGAGUUGAACAAGAGAAGAGAAAGGAACAGGAGGAAGAAACAUUACCUGUUUUUUAA